CGAGAUCUGAAGCAGAAAGACAUGCGACGUUUCGGGUGCAACGGCCGUCAGAGUCAUUGAACGCUUGCAUUUUCCUGGGCCAAAACGCAGCUCAUUUUCUAAUUAACCGAGACAGUGCCAGCCGAAAGUGAGCUUACUCCCAAAACUCCAAAAUAAGUAAAUAAAUAAAUACAUAAAUAUGGUGCUGGCCACGCCCCCUGUGAGCAAGGGCGGAAACGCGGGCGGCUGCUUCAUGGAUCAGUUCCAGCAGUACUCGGCCCACUGCGAGACGGCGGACAGCGGCAAUGGCAGUGACCUGGAGAGCACCGGGUUGCCCACCAAGCCGGACGACAGCGAGGAGAGUGGACCCUCCUCCCUGGGCAGCGACUCCGUCCACAGCAGCAGCACGGAGUACGUGCGGCAGGCCGCCUCCCAGCCCAGUGGCCAGCGGCAGCGCCAGAAGUCCUUGAGGGUCCUCGGAGCCCUGCUGCCCGACAGCCUGCUCAGGGACAUUCGCGAUCGUCGCGGCACCGAGUACGUGGUGCAGUUCUCCCAGCCAGAAGCGGAGGCGGAGGCGGAGGCGGAGGCGGAGGAGGAGGAGGAGGAGCAAAAGGUCAAGGACGUGGUGGCAGAGAAACCCAAGACCAGUCCGUUUCGCCUGGCCCGCGAGUCGCUGAGCGAGGAGAAAAUCGAGGAGCUGCGCGCCGCCGUGGAGCGGGCCAACUUUGUGCAAACCGGUGAGGAGUCGCUGGACAGCAUCGAGGCCGCCUCGCAGUCGCUGCCAGUUAGCAGCAGCAUCAUCGGCGGCGGACACCGCAGCAACAUCAACUACAAAUAUGCAGACGACCAAUACUACAGCUUUCACAUUAACGAGCACGAGAACUUCGGCAGCUUCUCGAGAAACAGCGACGAGGUGGACACUGCCGGGGGGGCGGGGUCCGAAGGCGGGAUCCUAACGGAGCAGCAAGACCUCUUCGCCGGCUAUCGGGAUGUGCGCUGCGGGGCCAGCUCCACGCAGUCCACCAUCCGGUCCGCCAAGGGAACGGUGCGGGGCGUCAAGAACCGUGUGCGCAAUGGAAUAGCCACGUUCUUGCAGCUCCAGCAGCAGCCCAAUGCCAAGAAUUUCAAGGAGAAAGACCUCGGCAAGGUGGUGCUCUACACGACCAGCAUGGGCAUCAUCCGGGAGACCUACACGAAAUGUGCCAACGUGAAGCAGAUCCUGCGCACCCUGCUGGUGAAGUUCGAGGAGCGGGACGUCUUCAUGAGCGUGGAGUACCAGGCGGAGAUGCGCCAGCGGAUGCAGAGCGGCCAGGUGCGGGUGCCGCAGCUCUACGUCGAGGGCCAGCACAUCGGGGACGCCGAGACCGUGGAGCGGCUGAACGAGUCCGGCGAGCUGCGGCAGCUGCUCAAGCCCUACAAGUCCAUGUCCAGCACCUUCACCUGCCAGACAUGCGGCGGAUACCGCCUGCUGCCCUGCCCCUCCUGCAACGGCUCCAAGAAGUCCGUGCACCGCAACCACUUCACCGCCGAGUUCGUGGCCCUCAAGUGCAUGAACUGCGACGAGGUGGGCCUGGUCAAGUGCCACAGCUGCUGAGUCCCAGUAGCUGUAGGCCCUGUUAGUCUUAGCCACCAAUUACCGAUUUUCAGAACACCCUAGGCCUAAGUAGUAAAUAGCUAAUUCGUACCAGGGCUUUGUGUUUUCAUUUGCGGGAGGGGCAGUAGGGGACACUUACUUUUAAAUAACUUAAGAUUUCUGCAUAAGCAAUUGUAACUAAACGGUACAUUUAACCUUGAAUUAAGUUUUGUCUACUCCAUUUUUUCAACGCUUCUACUUUCGGAACAUUCUAAGCCCAGUAAUUGAAAAGUAAAAUCAUUUUUUGUUUUAAUUUGCAACUUUUAUUUAACUAAGAAAUUAAACCAAUUCCUUAAGUAGGUAGUUGUUUUCUUGGAAUAUUUCAUUUUCCUUUGACCUAUCAACGCAACUACACUG